AUGUCCCUCAUCCCAGUCGCCAGAGACCAAGCCAUCCAGCCUCAGGCGCCCGCUGAUCCAGGUCCAAGCUCCCCUCAAGUGCAGACUACUCUUGUUUCAUUUGUGAAGCCUCUCACGUGCACCGAUGCUGUCAAGAAUCGGUAUCGGUUCAUAGUGCCCAAGAGAGAGACCGCCAUGGGUGUUCUACCCCAGCUCCAAUUGAACGAACACGUGCCGCUCUAUAUCAAGGACAUGCACGGAAAGGAGUGGGUGAUUAAUUAUACAUGGAAAGAGUACACCCACAUGCUUUCCAGUGGCUGGAUAAAAUUCGCGAAUGCCAACCGCCUUGUCACAGGUGACAACGUAGUGUUUAUGCGCAGCAUGGACAGUGGCGAGAGAUACAUGGGGCUGCGUCGCACCCUCAAGCCGGAGCCAGUGUCAGUUGACGAAGUGAUUGAGGCCGUAUGGAGGGCGGCGCGUCUCGAGCCGUUCGAGGUGACCUACCUCUCGCGCCAGGACGGCGACGAGUUUGUUGUACCGUGUGGGAUUGUACAUAAUGCUCUACGAGCGAAGUUUACCCCAGGAAUGGUGGUAAACUUCGUAUGGGCUGUUGAGGAGGACAGGCUGCCGAAUGUUGGGCCACAGGGAAAGGUCAUUGCCAUAGAGAACUAUGCAACCUCAAUCUGGAGGAUGAUUCAGGCAUCAUGA